AGCAGGGGAGGGACGUAUUCAAUCCAAGCAUGUACGUUGGAUUUAAUCAAAUUAGGGGGUUGAUGAUAGAUGCAUCCACGGUAGGCAGCAGAGGUAGGUGCCUGGCGACAGUGAAUGAAUGAUUGAAUGAAUGAAUGAAUGAAUGCCUCGACAGUAUAUAGACGCGCUCUGCGUUCCUCAAUAGCCUGGUAAUAUCAACACAUAGAAACUCUCUCUCUCUCUCUCAACAUGUCCAUCGCUUGUCUUCCCAUUGAAAUGGUGAGGAAAAUCUGCACCUAUCUGCAGCUACCAGCCUGGUGUGCGUUUCGACUGGCUUGUCGGUCGCUCUACAACAUCACUCUCAAUUCGUUUCGACGCGUCUUCCGCAGCAUCUCCGUCUUGUGCACCUCCGGCGGACUGUGCCAACUCUAUGAGCUUUCCAUGCUCGUCCAGGAACUAUUCAAUGGUGAAUAUGAAAUACAUCCCUAUGGUUUCGCGUAUUGGGACUGUAUUCAAUUGGCCUUGAAGAAACAGCGACAGCAGCAGCCUGAGGAGUACUCCGCUUCAGCCCAUGUCUCGCAGUACUAUCAGGAUUUUCGCUUCGUCAUGAAAGAUCAUCGACGCAUACUGAAGUCGCCGACUGCCAUCCGCGUUCUCCGACACUGUAUGAGCCGUUUUGUCAACUUAACUACAGUCGGGUUACGAUAUCGCCCGGCCGAAGGAAGUCGUGACUCGAUAUGUCUAGGCUGGCGCAGUCUAACAGACGACCUCGGCUUUCCCCCCAAGUUCCCCAAGGAGUUCCGCCGGCACGAAUGCAUCUCCAGAGAGCAGGAUCAAGCUUUCUGUGUCCUUGUUAGAGCCCUGAUUGCGAGUGGUCAGAACGUGAAGCAUCCGUCAACCUGUGGCAAGCAUUGCUAUGGCGUGGCGCUUGCCAGGCUGAAGCUGACUCAAAAUGGAACACGGGAGGGCGACCAUCCAGAACGUCCCCGUGAGCUGUUGACAGCCGUUGGCCCGACUCUCGAGGUACUACGGUAUCAAUUCGACUCCAUCAACGCGUCUUACCCCCCUACAACUUUCCCCAUUCUUGAGAUCUUCCCGGGAAUACAGUUUCCACGCCUGCACGAAGUCCGUUUGCAGAAUCUAGUGGUCCCACCGGAAGCCCUGAUGGACUUUCUUCGUGCUGUAUCGCCUACCUUGACCGACCUGAUUCUAAAAGCAGUCAGUCUAGCCCAGCCUGACGAUCCGUACGGCCCUUUGCCCCAAGAAGACAUCCCAGGGGAGACCAAGCACCGUUGGCAGCAUGUUUUGGAAUCCUUUCGCGAUGAGCUGUCCUUGCACUUCCUUGUAUUGCAGGCCGUUAUGUUUAAGCGUCAUGUGCUGGAAAUUGAAGAUGAGACAUACACCUGGGGCCCGCCACAUAAUCAGGAUACGGCUGCCCAUAACGUUGCGCGAACCGGCCUUUCCUUUCACGAUUGGGUGAACCAGCUACGUUUGAAAUGACUGCUAACUUGCUGGCCAGUAUGCUAGCUUACUCUUUACCCUCAGAGCUAGGGUGUGUACGUGUGUAGUGUUGUUUAACUAAGAACCUAUCACCUUCCACCUCUCAUGCACUACAAGCUUCACCCAUCAUAAGUACCUACUAGAUAGAUAGAUAGAUAGAUAGCUUAAUUGUUGCCUUAUCUCUCAAUUACAACCCCACUGGCAGUUCUCGAA